AUGAGUUCAAUUAAAUCGGUAAAUGAGGAUCUGGCGAAAGAAAGGCGAGCUUGCACUUUUAAUGUAAAGGAAGUGACUUAUUUGUUUGAUGGUGAGGACAUUGCUCUAAAUGGAGGUGCAUGGGCCGAUAAAAUACCCGAAGAAUGUCUAGAUACUAAGGCCAGAUACGAAAAUGCUGUAAGAAAAUCUUGUGUCUACGCUAAUAUUGUCAAAAACGAGUUGAUCGAGAUGAAUGGAAUCGAAAGUUUUGGGUCACCGGUUCUUCGUCGAACGGCUGAUGCAUUUUUUAAAGACAUAUCACCGUUUUUACUGCAUGUUGGCAUGUUCGUUCCAACUCUCUUUGGUCAAUGCACGGCAGAACAGCAAGCGAUGUGGCUACCAAAGGCUUUGAGUAUGCAAAUUAUUGGAGCUUACGUACAGACAGAACUUGGUCAUGGAACGUUCAUCAGGGGAUUAGAAACUACUGCCACUUAUGACCCGACGACUGAAGAAUUUGUUCUCCACAGUCCAACGUUGACGUCUUACAAGUGGUGGGCUUCAGGACUCGGUCGAACAGCAAAUCACUGUGUGGUCGUAGCCCAAUUAUAUACUCAAGGCAAAUGUUACGGCACUCAUCUCUUCAUAGUCCAAAUUCGUGAUAUGGAAACCCACAAACCUCUACCUGGUAUUAAAGUUGGGGAGUUAGGUCCUCGCAUGGGUUUCAAUACGGCAGAUAAUGGAUUCUUAGCAUUUAAUCAGUAUCGGAUACCCAGAAAUAAUAUGUUAAUGAAGAAUGCUCAAGUAAAAAAGGAUGGUACAUACGUAAAAACGGCGAGACAUGGCAAAUUGACAUAUGGGACCAUGGUGUUAAUACGAGUCAACUUGGUUGGUGAAGCAUCGUUUAAUCUCGCUAAAGCAGUAACUAUUGCGGUGCGGUAUUCGGCUGUCAGACGACAAUCUGAGCUGCGGCCAGAUGCUCCAGAGCCACAAAUUCUGGACUAUCCAACGCAGCAGCAUAAGCUAUUCAUUUGCAUAGCGACUGCCCACGCCUUCCAACUCGCCGCUUCGUGGCUGUGGGGCACAUUCACCGCGGUCCAAGCUGAUAUGGUGAAGGGAAAUGUUGACACUUUACCUGAGCUGCAUGCUCUGUCGAGUUGCCUCAAAGCUGUCAGUACGUCCGACGCAGCGAUAUACAUAGAGCAAUGUAGAUAUGCCUGUGGCGGACAUGGAUACAUGGUAUCCUCGAAUUUACCCAAUUUAUACGCAUAUGUAGCGGCCACUAGGACUUAUGAGGGAGACUAUACAGUGUUACUUUUGCAGACUGCGAGGUUUUUAGUAAAAGCUUGGGAGCAAGCGGAAGCUGGUAAUGUGAUGACACCUACUGUAGCGUAUCUAAAUCGAUACUUUAAUACUAAGGAGAAAGUGCUUUGGGAAAAUACUCCUGAGGGUAUAAUUCGAUCCUUCCAAGCGGUUGCAGCAGGGAAAACUACUUUAUGUGUAAAGAAUAUUCGAGACAGAAUGAAAUCCGGCAAAGACUACGAAGACGCCUGGUUGUUGACUACGGUUCAACUUGUGAAUGCAGCCGAGGCUCAUUGUCGCGCAGUGUUGCUACUAACGUAUUGGAAUGAAAUUCAAAGACUGACUGAAACUUGCAGUGAAAAUGUAAAAACUGUAAUGAAUCAUCUCGUUAUGUUGUAUUUAGUUUAUUGGGCUUUGGAGAGGACCGGAGAUCUUUUACGGUAUUCGUCAAUAUCUGAGCAAGACAUUGAUCACCUCCAACGGCGGUAUGAGGAAUUAUUGGAAAGUAUAAGGCCGAAUGCCGUCGGACUCGUCGACGCGUUCGAUGUAAGAGACGAACUUUUGCACUCCACUUUAGGUUCUUAUGAUGGGCGAGUGUACGAGAGAAUCAUGGAAGAAGUAGAAAAGAACCCUGUGAACAUGGAAUCUGUUAGUCCAAGCUAUCACAAAUACAUCAAACCGAUGAUAAAAGGGAAAUUG